AUGGUUCUCCUAGGACUUCCAGUGGCUGUUUUGGCAUUCCUGGCGACUACUCUCAAUGCCGUCGAGAUAGUGGUUCAUUCACAAGGGGGAAAUGAAACAAGCAGGAUUCCAUUCGGGCUAAUGCACGAGGAUAUCAACAAUGCCGGAGAUGGAGGCAUCUACGCAGAACUAAUCCGCAACCGCGCAUUCCAAGGCAGCAAGCAAUACCCCGUUUCCCUCUCCAGCUGGACUCCCAUCAAUGGCGCUAUACUUUCGAUCAAGAACCUUAGCACUCCGCUCUCGGCUGCCUUGCCUUCUUCCAUGAAUGUGGCCACUAGUUCGACCGUCUCCAAGUCCGUUGGAUUUGCUAACGCGGGAUUCUGGGGAAUAGAUGUUCGGAAGCAAAAGUACAAGGGGUCGUUUUAUGUCCGAGGAUCUUACAAGGGUUCAUUUAAGGCGUCAUUGCAGUCCGCUCUUACGAAUGAAACCUUUGGAAGCAUCAAGGUUGAAUCGAAGGCAAGGAAGAAUGAGUGGGUCCAGCACCAAUUCAUAUUAGUGCCAGAAAAGGAUGCACCGAGCAGUAACAAUACCUUCGCUGUAACGUUUGAUCCCGCAGGCGUAACGGGUGGAUCAUUGGACUUCAACCUUAUCUCUCUGUUUCCGCCCACUUACAAGAAUCGAGAGAAUGGGUUAAGGCCGGAUAUUGCCGAAGCUUUCGCUGCACUAAAUCCAAAAUUUCUGCGCUUUCCAGGUGGAAAUGCCUUGGAGGGACCGAAUCUUGCGAAUCCUUGGAAGUGGAACGAGACGAUCGGUCCACUCAAGGACAGACCUGGCCGUCCUGGCGUCUGGGGUUACCAAACCUCUGAUGGUCUCGGACUGGUAGAAUAUCUUCACUGGUGUAAUGACAUGGGCCUGGAGCCGAUCCUAGCCAUUUGGUCCGGUCUCGCACUUGACGGUGCAUACAUCAACGAAACCGAUCUCGCUCCAUGGGUUGAGGAUGCACUCAACGAGAUAGAAUUCGUGCGGGGUGACGCAUCGACACCCUACGGCCAACUUCGUGCCUCGCUCGGAUACCCAGAACCUUGGGAAUUGAAGUUCAUCGAAGUCGGAAAUGAAGACUGGCUUGCUGGUGCCCCAUCCGGCUACAAAUCAUACACGACAUAUCGUUUCGAGGCCUUCAAGAAUGCAAUCGAGGAAAAGUAUCCAGAUAUGCAUAUUAUCGCGAGCCCGUCGGUAUUUGAUAAUAUGACCAUCCCAGCACCAGCGGCAGGUGACUAUCAUCCAUACCGCCAGCCCAACGACUACUACGCCGAAUUCGACAAAUUCGACAACUUGACACCUGACAACUUGACCCUGGUUGGUGAAUUCGCAGCAGUUCAUCCUAAUGGCGGUAUCGAUUGGGCAGGUCAACUUCACCCAUUUCCUUGGUGGAUUGGGGGCGUAGGGGAGGCUGUCUUCAUGAUCAGCACGGAACGGAAUGGUGAUCGCAUCCUCGGGGCCACCUACGCACCAAUCCUGCGGAAUAUGAACCGGUGGCAGUGGUCUGUUUGCAUGAUCGAGUUUGAAGCCGAUGUUAAGAAGACCACGCUGAGUACAAGCUAUCACAUCUUCCAGCUCAUCUCAACGCAUCCCAUAACUCACAACCUACCUACGACGCCUUCAACAAACACCUCAAGUCUCUUCUUCGUUGCCGGGAAGAACGAGGAUACUGGUUCUCAGAUAUUCAAGGUUGCAAAUUACAACACAACAGACCACCAGCCAACGCCGGUUUCUCUCAAGUUUGAAGGGUUGCAGAAGGGAGCGACGGCUGGACUGACUCUACUAACCUCGGAUGCUGGUCCCUUCGGGUAUAACGACCCUGCGAAAGGGAACAACGUUGUAGUAACCACAACGAAAACGCUCUCAAUGGGUGACAAUGGGACAUUUGACUUUAUGAUGCCGGAGUUAAGCGUUGCGGUCGUGGAUAUAGGGAUACCGGGACAUGACCACUCCAACUGAAAUAGAAGGUACCCGCUAGGCUUGCAAGAGGAAGGGGUUGUAUUGGCGUAGGAUAUAAUUCUGUAAAUGCCUGUUGGGAGAGAUUGUGUGCAUUCAUAAUUUAUGCCAUGAGUGUUAGCCUGCUUUCGUUUGGUCUCCCAAAAUGACCUAUGUAAGCGAAAGGUGAGAUGUGGUGCAAACAUACGAGACACAUCCAUGUAGUCAUAUUUACUGGAAAGGGUAACAAUAGAACGGGUUAUGUAAGAGGAGAGUCGCGAGCAAUCUAAUUGAGAGGAGUUGCCUGCCUGUCAAAAGACACCUGUU